CUGGUCGAUGAUCGAUGUAUAGUGGAAUUACGCGAUGGGCGACCAGAAAGUCCACCAAAGAAGUUUAGAGAUUGCCUAUUCAAAGUAUGUCCAGUCAAUAGAUAUGCAGCUCAAAAGCAGUAUUGGACAGAACAAAAACGAUUUAUCAGCGGUGAAUCGACAUUUGAUGAUGAUAUGAUGAAUAAAUUACGAAUAGCCGCUGAAAAGGAGAAAGAACAGAAUGAAUUGGAAUUCCGUAAAACACAGGGUAAUGUUAUACAAUAUGGUACUACCGUACAAUUACUACAUGUAAAAUCUGACAAAUAUGUAACCGUACAAAAAAAUUCGCCUGCAAAAUGCGAAAGAAAUGCUAUGAAAGUUUAUCUUGAUCGAGCUGGAAACGAAGGCAGUUGGUUUAUUAUCGAACCAGCCUAUAAGCACUAUGUCAUAGGAGAUAGUGUCGCUGCUGGUAAUAAAAUUUCUUUGGUACCGUAUUCUGUAAAUAGUCAGACGUCUGGCCACGUCAAACAUCAACUUCAUCUGAGUCAUUUUUUACUGAAAGAUCAUCAAACCGCUGCUGAGGUGAACUGUCUUAACGAGUGUACAGAAUGGCAAGUGUUCAUGUUCCUGCUGUUCAACGAGAAUCAACCAGAUAUCGUGAAAUCGGGUGACGUCGUACGUCUCUUCCACGCCGAUCAGCAGACUUUCUUGACAUUAGAUGCAAUUCCGAAGACAUGCCCACCACAAGACGUUGUCUUCCUCCGAAUGACAAAUCGGCCAUCAGCUGCUGACGCAACCAGUUCGAGGGCGUUAUGGGAAGUUCAGGUUGUGCAAAAAGAUGCGUAUCGUGGUGGCGCUGCAAAAUGGCGUGAAGUCUACCGAUUCAAACAUCUUGCUACCGACAUGUACUUGACAGCUAUUCCGGCCACAUCGCCGGUAAAACCAGCAUCAAAUGGGAGACGUGCCAGUCUUCUACAUAUGAAGUAA